AUGAAGAACUCUGAAUUUUGGUAUGAGGAUGGUACGAUCAUCCUUGUUGUCCGCAAUGUCGAGUUUCGCGUGUAUCGCGGUCCCCUUGUCAAGCACUCCCCUGUCUUCCACGACAUACAAUCCGUUACUACACAGCCGAGGGAUGGGCGGUCUUCUCCGUCAUCUCCCGUGCUAGUUGAUCGGGACGCGGACUGCCCUGUAGUGCGCCUCUCCGAUUCGCCCGAAGAUGUCAGACACAUGCUACGUAUCGUGGCUACCAGAAGGGUAGUUGUGCCUCUCGCGGAGCCCAAUCCCUCCUUUCAUGCACUGUCAGCGUGGAUCCGCCUGGGACACAAGUACAAAAUUGACAAGCUCGUCGAAGACGGCCUUGCAUACCUGCGGCGCUUCCAUCCCCCUUACGGGCCUUACAAUAAGCAGGUCCUCAUCGAUGAGGACCGGCCUAAGAGCAUCAUCGGGAAAUUUGCCAUUGGCGUCGUGAACCUUGCGCGCUUGACCGGUAGCGACGACCUGAUCCCGCUCGCACUCCUCGAAUGCUGCAAGCUCGACGCAGCCAUCACUCAGGGCCUUGUACACGAAGACGGCACGGUGGAAUACCUGAGCGCAGAUGACCUCGGGCGUUGCUUCCUGCAUUUCGCGAGGUGGAUUAGGGGCUCUAUCUAUCGCAAAUUUGAUGCGUAA